AUGAUUAUAUGCAACAAAGGAAACGCUCCGUCAUUCCAGCGAGGGAACGCGGAAUCAAUAGUCGACCUAACCUUAGCGUCGCACGGCCUGAGCACUUUCAUGACGAACUGGAGGGUAUCCGAUGCCACAUCACUUAGUGAUCACAAAUACAUACGCUUCGACACACAAAUACUCACCCAGGACACCGUAAGUCCCCAAGCAAGAACGAAAAAAUUCAGGAUUGACUACAAGAAGCUAGUUGAAAUCCUGGAAGAGGGGAACUUGAUCAAUGCGGAUCAGUUAAACGUGGAAGAAUGUGCUACCGCUCUCGCCGAAAAGCUCAGAGAAACAUGUGGAGUAGAAACCGACGGUAGAACCGGGAAAAGGAAAUCGGUCUACUGGUGGACACCAUCACUCGAAAAUCUGAGAAAGUCGUCUAACCAAGCUCGCAGAAUUAUCCAGAAGGACCUGACGAGUGCACAGCGGGACUCGACGAGAUGA